AUGACAACCAAAACUUUUAUUUUGGUGAAAAUACACUAUUUCAAUAUUCUCUUUCAGAUCGCAUUUUAUAAAAAAAAAUACGAAUGGAUGGAUAGCCAUCGUUUACGUGCGAUUAUAUUGAAAUUACAAGAUCGUCUGUCGGAUGAUGAUCGAAAGCGUUUGCAUUUUUAUCUCGGUAAUGAUGUUCCAAGACGAAUUCGAGAUGAUCCAACACUUGGUGGAACUCUUAGUUUGAUGGAAUCGCUUUUUGAUCAAGACAAAAUUAAUGAAAAUGAUAUUACUUUUUUAAUCAAUGCAUUUGAUGAAAUUCAAUGUAUUGAUGCUGUAAAAUUAUUAAGAGAACAUUGGAGACAAAAUCAUUCUCAAAGAACGAAUCAAUCAGUCGAAAGUUUAUCUGUGUUAAUGCCACCUUUGAUAAAUCAUCUUCUAGAGGAUCUGGAAAACGAUAGUUCUACUGCAAAAGACUCUGUUAUUAAUCAGGAAAAUACUGACGAUGAAACGAGUACAAUGAUUAAUACAGACAAUACAAACAUUAAUCAAGAAUCGAUAGUUACUUUUAGUACAGAUAAAUUCAGUUCGAGAUCAAAAAUAUUGGGAUCGAUAAAUAUACGUUGGGGAUAUUUAUUCUUAUUCGUUCUAUUGACAAUCAUUGGAUUUGGAAUAUUGAUAUUUUUCAUCAUUAAGAAUUUCAUUUAUAUUAAUCAUUUGGAAACAUAUAAUAAUCAAUAUAUUGAAACAAUCAAACAAUUAAACAAUCGAAUAAUACAACUUGAAACAAAAGAAAAUUUUCCUACUCCAACUAAUUUAAAUCCAUCGAAACACUACGGAAUAAAAAUAAAAUGGAAACCAAAUCCAGUUAUUAUUAGCGCAGUAAAUGACUUAGAUCGAUUACAUAGCCCUAUUGGCAUCUAUAUUGAUGAUGAUAGUCGAUCAAUUUAUGUUGCAAGUUGGGGAGGUC